AUGACUGCGGCGCUGGCCGCGGAAUCGGUCGUCCGCGAGUUCGGCGACGGAGACAGCGCCGUUCGCGCGGUCAACGAGGUCACUCUCAGCAUCUCGCCCGGCGAAUUCGUUGCCCUCGUGGGACGGUCCGGAUCCGGCAAGACCACCCUGCUGAAUCUGCUGGCCGGACUCGACCGCCCCAGCUCCGGCAAGGUGUGGUUCGAAGGACGCGAACUGUCCCAGAUGCCGGAACGCGACCUGGUCGGCCUCCGUCGUGACCGCAUUGGCUUCGUGUUCCAAUCCUUCGGGCUGAUCCCCCUGUUGUCGGCCUUUGAAAACGUGGAACUGCCCUUGCACAUCGCCGGCAUGUCCUGGCGUGACCGACGCCGUCGCGCCAACGAGGCCCUGGACCUGGUGGGACUUACCGGCCGCUCCGGCCAUCGUCCCUACGAGCUUUCCGGCGGCGAGCAACAGCGUGUCGCCAUCGCCCGCGCCCUGGUCGCCGAUCCAUCGGUUCUCUUCGCCGACGAACCCACCGGCGAGCUCGACAGCGUUACCGGUCAGACCAUCGGCGGUAUCAUGCGCGAUAUCGGGGCCAGUCGAGGCGUCACCGUCGUCACCGCCACUCAUGAUUUGCUGCUCGCCGAUAUGGCCGACCGCCGCCUUCAGAUGGCCGACGGGAGUAUCGCGUCGGUGGACGGCGCGCCGUAG